GCCACAAUUUUGUUGCGGCUCUCUCUCUUCAAUCUCUCUCUCUCAGACUCGUUGGUAGAAAACACACACAAAACACAACACACUACAAACUACAAUAUAUUCAACCUUAGAUUUUCCGAGUGAGUUGAGUGAUUCUGACUCACCAACAUAUAUAUAACACCACGCACACACAUCACUCUCUCUCUCUCUCUCUCUCUCUCUCUCACUCACCACACUCUCACUCUCACUCACACUCACUCAGAUUUUUUGCUUCCCCUUUUUGAAUCCUUGUUGAUUUGGUUGGACAAUCUCCUCUGACUCCAAACAAAUCUCUAGAUUUCACCUCCAAUUACUCUUUCACUUUCAGGAUUUCGUUGACAUAUUGACUUGUCUUGUUCGGCACCAACUUCCAGUAACACUGUUGUGUGUGAGUUCUUGAGAGACCGUCUUCCAGAUGGGCUCCAGAAUUCCAUCUCAUCAGCUCAGCAAUGGCCUCUAUGUAUCAGGCCGGCCGGAGCAGCCUAAAGAAAGGACUCCAACUAUGACCUCAACGGCUAUGCCAUAUACUGGUGGAGACAUAAAAAAGUCAGGAGAAUUGGGAAAAAUGUUUGACAUCCCAGUUGAUGGCUCCAAAUCUCGGAAAUCUGGACCAAUAACUGGUGCUCCUACUCGGACGGGGUCAUUUGGAGGAGCCAGUUCACAUUCUGGACCAAUCCAGCCCAAUUCUGCUGCUCGGGCAGCCUAUACUUCAGGUCCAAUGACUUCUGGGGGCAUGCCUGGUUCAACUUCGCUAAAGAAAUCUAAUUCCGGACCAUUGAAUAAGCAUGGGGAACCUGUUAAAAAAUCUUCAGGUCCUCAGUCAGGUGGAGUAACACCUAUUGGGCGUCAAAAUUCUGGACCUCUGACUCCUGUUCUUCCAACGACAGGUCUUAUUACAUCUGGGCCUAUAUCGUCUGGCCCUCUAAACUCUUCCGGGGCCCCUCGGAAAGUCUCUGGUCCUUUGGAUGCGACGGGUUCCAUGAAGAUGCAAGGUUCUGCUGUAGUUAACAAUCAAGCUGUGACGGUUCUCAGUCAAGGUGAUGAGUAUUCCUUCAGGAGGAACUUUCCAAAGGCGAUGUUAUGGUUAUUAAUUCUGCUUUUUGUGAUGGGUUUCAUUGCUGGCGGUUUUAUUCUUGGAGCUGUAAGCAAUGCAACCCUCCUUAUUGUGGUUGUGGUUCUCUUUUGCUUAGUUAUUGCAUCUUUCACUUGGAAUACUUUUUGGGGAAGAAGAGCUAUUAUGGGUUUCAUCGCUCACUAUCCGGACUCCGAGCUCAGAACUGCUAAAAAUGGACAAUUUGUGAAAGUUUCCGGGGUUGUUACCUGCGGCAAUGUGCCUCUUGAGUCAUCCUUCCAGAAAGUCCCUAGAUGUGUAUAUACCUCGACAAGUUUGUACGAGUAUCGAGGAUGGGACUCAAAAGCUGCCAAUCCUACACACCGCCGGUUUACCUGGGGCCUUAGAUUGCUUGAAAGGCGUGUGGUUGACUUUUACAUCUCGGAUUUCCAAUCUGGUUUAAGAGCACUGGUUAAGACGGGGCACGGAGCAAGGGUGACCCCUUACGUCGAUGACUCGGUUCUCAUCAAUGUAAAUCCAACCAAAGAAGAACUGUCUCCGGAGUUCCUCCGUUGGUUGGGAGAGCGAAAUCUUUCAAGCGAUGACCGGAUCAUGCGCCUGGAAGAAGGAUACAUCAAAGAAGGUAGCACGGUAAGCGUGAUGGGGGUUGUGCAGAGGAAUGAGAAUGUGCUUAUGAUUGUUCCUCCGCCGGAGCCGAUAACUACCGGUUGCCAAUGGGCCAGGUGCAUCUUCCCGGCUAGCCUCGAGGGCAUCGUUCUAAGAUGUGAAGACACGUCGAAAACCGAUGUCAUACCAGUUUAACAGUUUGUGAAUUGAGAAGGAAGUUACUGCAGAAUCAUCUAAUUGGUGUUCUUAGAAGAAAAGUAUUCUUUUACCCUCUAUUAUUAGUGGUGGUGGGAUAAAUAUAUAUACACUCUUUUAUAGAAUUAUUAUUGAUUAAGAUGACAAAUUUGUGUGCUUUUAUGAUUCCAUUUUAUAGUUGUUGUAUAGCUUUAAGGCUUUUUCUUCUAGGGGUUGUAAACUUUGGUUAUGUUUGAUGAUGCAUGUGAAAAUUUAGUUUCUUACAUGUAUGUAUGAGCAUAUUGUGAUUAUGCUAACUUGCUAAAUAUAAUACAAGCUUUCAAGUGUUUCA